AUGACUCCACUAGUCCACGAAAGCAAGCACGUCGCAGUCGCAGUCGACACGCGGGUGGAUGAAGAAACGAAGACGCAAAAAGCGCGGACCGUCUCUGGACCUCUCGUCCGCUCCGUCCCAAGUCUGGAGUGGAGACAACCCCCCGAUCGUGGCCAGCCCACAUGGAUGGGAAACUUGGCAGCUCGAGCUCGGAUUCGUUCGCCGCCCGUCGAUGGUGCGAAGGCUAGCGGAGGGGUUAAAGUUGCUCACCUCCCGUGGCUGGAGCUUGGAUGGGCCCGCCUCCGCCCGCCCUGCCCGCCGUCCGCGAAGGCCCGAGAGCCCCGUGGUCGUCCAUCACCGGUUCCCCGUCUGUCCGUACUCUUUUGCAUCCACUCCGGCCGUCCGAGUCCCCGGAACAUCUCCGUUACCAAGUUCCUGGUCCGGGCCGGAAUUUAG